GAAUUGAUCCUCUCUACUCACAUACUUUCUAUACUUCUAAAAAUAAUUUUCAGCCAGUGAAAGACCUUACAACAAUAAGUGUCCGAUUCCCUAUUUCAGCUCUUUUAAGGGAUCAUGAUCCAAAACCGCUAAAGCAAAUAUGUCUUAUUGAUGUUGAGACAGAACCAAAUCUGAGAUGGACCACAAUCAUAUGUGAAAACCAAGAAAAUCUGCUAAAAGCAUUCGCUCUCUGCUGGCGAGCAUUUGCCCUGACAUCCAAGUUGGAGCGAAUGACAGGAAAGUUUAAAACAAGGGAUAAAAUCUCAAAGUGGAAAUAUUGUGGAAAGAUAGGAGUGAAAUCUGAGAAAACUUUUAAGGUAAAGUUUGCUGUCAAGCCUCCUGAGAAAGGCGAGGAGGACCCGGAGGAGAAAGAGUAUAUGGGUGAUCCAAUUAAGAUCAAAAUUAGUGCAAAAGAUGAUUUUACUUCUAGCUUUCUUAAACUGCCAGGUUGUGUACUGAUAGAUGUCAGAGUGUGCCUCAAAAAACGUUUUCCCCGUUCUGAAGUUAAAAAGGAAGGCUCACUUAAAUUCUUCUUACAAAAAUGCGGUCUUGACAGUAAGGCCGAUAUGCCAUAUGAUAAAAUAGAAGUUGAUUCUAUAGCUUAUGUAUCUCUCUUUGAUGCACAUUAUCACGCAAAUGGAAUGAAAGUACGAAACCUUCUGAGUGCUUAUGCCAUUAAACGAGAUAUAGUUUUUAGCACGAAAGUAUAUAAAAAUAUAGAAAAAGGAAAAUAUCCUGACGUAUACGUUUUUCUGCCUAAAAAAGGUAUCAAGAAUAAAAGGCCAGUAACUGGUCUAGAUUUUGCUUCAUUAUAUCCCA